AUGAAUGCUAUAGACGACGCCGAACCAUCGGGCUCCGCCGCAAUCGCACGAGAGAAGGGGUGGAAUCAUUGGGAUCGAGACACCAUCCAGCCAAGGUCUAGCUCCCCUGAACCUGCAAACUCGAACGCCGUCGAGCCGAGUAAGUGGUGUUCCUAUCAUGAGGUCAAGUCACAUGAUACGAAGGAUUGCAAAGUCUUAUACGGACACUUCCUCAAAUCCAUCGAAAGCGGGAAAAUCGAGAUUGAAUCUCCGCAGAAGCCGAAAAAUAACAAGAGUUGGAGCAAAAACAAAGAGAAGAAGAUUCAGAAAUCUCAAGCAAAAAUCCCUCAGAGAGAAGACCAAACUAAUUCGGAGAAAGCCACGGUAAACAAUCUCAACCUCGAAGGCGAAUCAACUGAUGAAGAACCACCUAAGAACCGGCGACGGGUGGAAGUGAUACUACCCCGACAGGCCGAUUCCUCGGAUGACGAAAUUCCGCCGGUACCAACGGAUUUGCGCGAAAAAUUGGGCAGAAAAACAGAGUCCAAGGAUUUACGCACAUAUCUGAAGCGGAAGGCCGAAAUGGUACAUAAGAACGAGGCAGACCUCAGGACGUCCCUCGACGAGUCUAAAGCAAGAAAGACUAUCCACGCCGGAGUUGCUCUACACCUUCAACCUCAGCCCGCAGAUUUACGUGAGCAGAUCAAUUCCAAAGCCGAAGACUUGCGCGCCAAGCUUGGUCAGCCCAAGCAACGUGAUUUGCGACCGUGCCUCAAAGCAAAACGACAAGCGCAACGGGAAUUGAUGAAGGUCACGAACACCCCGCACCUCAACGUCAUAAUGGGUGGUUCACCCCCUUGCGGGGACUCGGUAAGAGCAGUUAAAGAUUACAGGCGACAAGCCAUAACCGCCCAAAAGUGGCCUUCACAAGUCGAAGAAGACCACCAAAUCUCUUUCUCGGCGGCCGACACUCACGGCAUCAGUAUGCCGCAUAACGACCCACUCUUAAUCGAUAUCGAAAUCGGCGAAUGCCAGGUCACGAAGGUUCUCGUCGACACAGGCAGCUCAGUCGACCUCAUCUUUCGGGACACGCUCGACAAGAGGGGAGUCGACCUGCAAGACAUGAAGCCCUCCUCACGUACUCUCACGGGGUUCAAUGGUUCCUCGGAACAGAUGAUUGGGACAAUUCGUCUCCCGGUUUACGCAGGUGACGUGACUCGCACCGUUAAGUUCUCUUUUAUCCGGGCCAAGGCACCCUACAACGCAAUCCUCGGAACGCCAUGGUUACACUCCAUGAAAGCCAUUCCCUCCACCUAUCACCAAUGCGUUAAGUUCCCUGGGAAAGAUGGAACGACGCAGACGAUUCGCGGGGACCAACGAGCUGCGAGAGAGCUCCUUAUCGCCGCUGUCAAGCUGCAACAAUCCCCUUCUCUCGUCAACGCGGUCACCAAACCAAUACAUAAGAUCUACCCUCAGAAGGAAGAAAUCCGCGAGGUUCCCAUCGAUGGAGACGACUCAUCAAAGGUCGUGCGCAUUGGCGCCUAUCUCUCCGACGACCUGCAGUCGUUAAUCAUUUCUUUCCUCAAAGAAAAUGUCUCGACCUUUGCAUGGGUAACUUCUGAUAUGAAGGGUAUAGACCCCGCAGUAACAUCCUAG